CGUUCCGCCGGAUGGAUGAGGGAACAUUCUCUGGGAAAACUUCAUUUUAUUCAGAUUUCUGAGGGCUCGAUAAUCGAAAUGUUUUGCAGAUAGUGAUUGUAAUUGUCAAGGAGUUUAGGAGCCAUUUUUAAGAGUUUCCAGCUUGAAGUUUGGUCUUCUAUUGCUUAAGACGGACCAUCUUUCAUCAUGGGCGACUGGAGCGCACUGGGGAAACUUCUUGACAAGGUCCAGGUGUACUCGACAGCGGGAGGCAAGGUCUGGCUCUUCAUCCUCUUCAUCUUUCGGAUCCUGGUUUUGGGAACGGCGGUGGAGUCGGCGUGGGGAGACGAGCAGUCGGCGUUCAAGUGCAACACGCUGCAGCCCGGCUGCGAGAACGUGUGCUACGACAAAUCCUUCCCCAUCUCCCACGUGCGCUUCUGGGUGCUGCAGAUCAUAUUCGUGUCCAUGCCGACCCUGCUGUACCUCAGCCACGUCAUGUUCCUCAUGCACAAGGAAGAGAAGCUGAAUAAAGAGGAGGAUAAACUAAGAGAGGUCCGGAGCAAAGGCGGAGAUGUGGACGAGCUUCUGAGGAAAAUCGAAAUGAAGAAAUUCAAGUACGGCCUGGAAGAUCACGGCAAGAUCAAAAUGCGAGGAGGGAUAUUUUACACCUACAUAUUGAGCAUUGUGCUGAAGUCCAUAUUUGAGAUAGGUUUCCUGUUAAUACAAUGGCACCUUUAUGGAUUCAAGCUGUCUGCCUAUUAUACGUGUCAAAGGUUCCCCUGUCCACAUAAAGUGGACUGUUUCCUAUCCCGUCCCACGGAGAAGACCGUUUUUAUCAUCUUCAUGCUGGUCGUCUCACUUGUCUCUCUAGCUCUCAACGUCUUCGAGUUUUUCUACGUGAUUUUCAUGCGGAUGAAAGACCAAAUCAAAGAGUCGGAGAGAAACUUUGACAGAACCUGCUAUAGCAAGCCCUGUCCGAGGAACCUAACCAGUUACGGUUAUUACAACGACUGCUCUGCGCCCGUCCCCAGUCUGGGCUACAAUCUAAAUACGGGCGACAAGUCAAACUCUUCCGACAAUUACGACAAGCAAGCCAAUGAGCAGAACUGGACGAAUUACAGUACAGAACAGAACCAGUUGGGAAAGAAGGACUAUUUCCACACCCAACGCUUUCCAUACCCCGAGAAAGGGACUCUGGGGAAAGAUCUUCUGCUUAAAGAGCUUGAACCUCGAGCAAGUAGUCGAGCGAGUAGUCGGGCCAGACCCGAUGAUCUGGACAUCUAGCAGAGACCUUGAUAAAGGGCCUUAUUGACAAUUUCUAAAUGUCACAUCUCUGAAAGGAGGACACAGUUCUACAUCCAAAGAAUGCAGAUUUAGCAUUUAUAUUUAUUUUUGUGUUUGUAUUGAAAUUCGUUUUUCUAUUAUAGGUAUAAAUUGUUGAGUACAGUAUUUUUGCACUGUAAAAUAUCCACUUAUUUCAACGUAAAAAAACUGCCUUUAAUUUAAAGUUACAUUAAAGGGAUACUUCACCCAAAAAUACAAUUCUGACACCCUUUGCUCACCUUUCGAGUUAUUCAAAAUCUGUAUAAAUGUCUUUUUUUACACGAAGAAAGAUAUUUGGAAGAAUGCUUUUGAGCCAGCAGAUCUUGCCCCCCAUUGACUACCAUAGAAGGAAAAAUUACUUUAUCUUUUUUUUGGUUGUGUAGAACACAAAAGAAGACAUUUUGAAGUACGUAGGUCAGCAAACAUUUCUGGGGCACUUUUGAUACCUUUGUAAUUUGUCCUACUAUGGUAGUCAGUGGGGGGCAAAAUCUGUAAGCAUAAGCAUUCUUCCAAAUAUCUUUCUCUGUGUUCAUCAGAACAAAGAAGUCUAUACGGAUCUGGAACAACUCAGAUUGUUUUGGGUGAAGUAUCUAAAUUAGCUUUACAUGUCACUUGAUUUUAAAUGUUAUUAAAGUGACUUUUGUAUUACUUAUAAAAUGACGUUUAAAUGGGUAAAAAAAAUGUGGGUAGACUUUUGUGAGUUCAUCAUUUGAAAAUGUUCUGAUGCGAAACACCUCAACCUUAUUUUCAAAUAAACAUUGAAUUUUGUUAGCUUAUUUGUCACACAAGCUGGAUUUUUUUUGUGUAUUCAACAUUAAGAGUUUUGGGUACAAAUUCAUAUGAAUGUGUAAUGCAAGGUGUAUAUCUUAGAUAUGUAUCAUCACUUUUUCUUUAAUGUUUUUUGACUAAAUCAUCGUCUCAAAAUAUGUCAAGCUAUUUUUCCAGUCUUUGAAUUUCACAAUUGAGCUAAUGUCAUUCUUCAUCUGGGUAAAAUAUUAAGACCAUUCCAAUUUUUUAUUUAAGCACCAUUUCUAGAUGUAUUGUGACCAUUUCAGUUUCAAGUUUGUGUUGAAUUUAAACAAAAUCAAACCUCAGGAGUGACAAAGUCAUCCAACAGCAAUGUGAAAGACUGACUUUUUUAAAAACAAAGUUAUCGCAUACGCAUUUUUUUCUGAACUUUUCCUAAAUACAUGUACAAAUAUGACUGUUGUACUGCUUAAAAUUUAAUAUGAACUUGCAGUAUUUGAGGUCUGAAAAAAUACAGAGCUUCUUUGCUGUUAUUUUGACCUGUUUUCCAGUUUUAAUUUUCUGCACAUAAAUGCAAAUAGAAACAAUAUAAUUUGAUAGAAAUAUUGUAAGUAGUUCAUAGAAUGAAACAAAAAUGACCAUUUCACCAAAACACCUACCUAUAAAUAGUAAAUUAAGAAAAACUGAAAAUAUUUUUGAAAUGGUCUCUU